CUCGAUCCUGCUACCGCUAGCAAUUUACGCAGCGUGAUCGCCGCGAUGGACGGCUGAACUCAUUUGCCAUGAUGCGGAUUGGGGCUGUGGUCGCCGAGAAAGUGCCAUUCCUCGUUGGACGGGAGACCGAUAAGACCGAGGCUCUCGAUGAGAUUCCUGGUUGGGUGGGGGACACAGCUGAGAGCAGUGAGCGAGUGGGGAGAUUAGGGCUUGGAGGGCCUAGAGCUCUGGAUGAUCGGAAGAACAGACGCUUUGAAUGCUAUGAAGGAGAUGGAGAACCGUGGGAUGAGAAGAGCACUUGGCUUCAUUUACCGCAAUGAAUGAGAGGAUUUCGGUCUGUUAUAUGGAGGACUUUUCAUGAUAUAGUAAAACUUGGUGAGUAAUUUUGGAACCUGGUUUGUAUUGAUGUAAGCCGAAUUCGGACAUUUUAUACAUC